AAAAAAAAAGCUUGACGGUGCUGCUACCCCUACGACUCGAAGCGUUACGCCAAACGUCAUACUCUGACCAUACCCCGGUCCGACCGAUCUCCUUCUAAUCUUCUCCUUCCUCGACCUCCACCGACUUUUGGAGUUUCUCUCAUUUCAAGUCGUCUAGAAGACGAGGACCGACUUUCUUUCAUCUUACGGCAGUUGACCUGCUUGGAGAGCUCAGGAAGUUCAUCCAUUCUCAUACCUUCUUUUCUUUCGAUCAAGCAGACAAACCCGACAUGCUUCCGUUUUCUACCUUAUCCCUUCUCCUCCUCACCCUCCUCUCUUCCACCUCGGCUGAGCAAAAUGGCAGCAAGACUCCUCUUGGGAGACGUCAGCAGCCUCCGGUACCACACUCGUUAGAACAUCGUGAUGGAAUCCAAAAUCAGCAACUCCGAGAGUUGGAAGAACGAUUGCUUCCUAUCACAGCGACAACGACCGUGGAAAUUGAAAUGACAACCACUCGUACUAUAUGGGUUCAACCGACGGAUCAGGUGGUAUUAGGAGGAAGUGCAAGUACAAGUGCAUUGAUCUCCUUGACUACCUCUUCACAGAGCUCUUCAUCAAUCUUCUCUACCUCCUCUUCGGCAUCUGGAGGAUCAUCAUCAUCUCCCUCACUUUUCUCCUCUUCGGUUGGGGUCGCUGAAGCAUCGAGCUUCGUCUCUGCAUCGCCCUCGACUUCUACAACUUCUCUCUCCUCAUCAUCCAUCUCCUCUCUCGGAGUUGCAGAAGCGUCGAGCUCGGUCUCCGCUACCUCCUCCAUCUCGACCCUCUCAUCUUCUUCUUCACUUGUCCUCACUUCCGCUUCCUCUUUCCCCCUCAGCGCAUCCUCUUCCAGCUACUCAAGCGAUACCUCCUCCGCAACAACACCCCCCUACGAAACAUCCUCAGCUUUAUCGACAGCUUCGACGUCGAGCUCAUACCCUUCUGCUUCUACAACACUCUCGGCACUAGGAAUUUCGAGCUCCGCCAAUGCGUCAUCUAGCGCUAUUUCAUCUUCUCCUACUCCCUCUUCUUCUUCUUCCUCCUCCACCAACGAAUCUCUCUCCGGGGACAGCUACCGUAGCUCUUCCUCUCAUGCUUCCUCCCUCACUCGUUCAUCUAUUCACCUCACCUCGGUGACCCCUUCUUCCUCUCUUCCGGCGUCUACAACAGCCAGCCUGACCUCGUCCUCAACCGCUUCGGCCACUGCAACCCUCAGCCCUCU